AGCGGCGCCCUCCCCCUUUCCCGCCAGCACAACCACCUCUGCAGCUUUGGGAUUCUGUGUUGGAGCUUAGGAACGCCCUCCCGACUGCCUCACCGACUGGUCUCCUCCCUCCGCCCCCCUUCCCCCAAUAACACCUCCACCAGCCUUACGCUCUUGGUAAUUCUUGGCCCCCCUUUCAUACGGACGCGAAGGCAGUUUCUCCAGCAGCACGGCGGCAUUCUUGUCGCAAAUCCGGGGGCGAGAGCGAGGAAGCGCACACACAAACGCGUGCAGGUGGAACGCGUCGACCCAGAAAUUUUUCGACGACGCGUGAUUUUCGGUGAUCGGUUUUUCUUCUCGUUUUUUUAUUGCGUGUUAUCGUCGGAGAGGAAACCUUCAUAAGAAAGAGCGUAUUUACAGUGUCCUCUCCAGUGACGGGUGACAAUAAUCGACGGAGAGAGAAGGAGAAGAAAAGAAAAAAGUAAAAAAAAGAGAAGAAAGAAAAGUCGCGUCAUUAUCCAUACGCCUGUGAUCCCAACGCUUUGCUGAAGCGAAGUGCACCGCGGACAGAACAAGAAAAGUCACGAACGAGUAACGUUUGCUUGAACGGACCGUAGAAAUGUUCCCUCACAUGUACAAAGUCAGGUAGAGAAAAUGCCGUCAAAGAAGAAACUGAAGGCUUAUAUUAAGAAACUUGCCAUGCCUCCGAAGUCGGCCCAGCGUCGGGAGUCGUCCGGGUCGGCGAGUCCGGGCACCGUCGCCGCCGACUGCGAGUGGCAGGGCGACAACUGGCGGCGCUCGAACCGCUGGACGCCCCCGUGGGACCAACAGGGCUCCGCGCCGUCCACGCCCCAGUCGGUGCCCUCCACGCCGCCACCCAUGCCGGCGCCGCAGCAGGAAACCAACCUCAGCAGGGAUGGCUCGAGCCCCGUUCCCUGGUGGCAGAAUGACGGAGAUGGAGAAGAGAAGCAGGAGGCAGCGGGGGAUGAACCACAGCGAGACUCCAGCCGUGGCAGUCCUUUGCCUUGGUGGGAAAGCGACCAGGCGGACGAGAGAGAGAUGAGUCCUACACCAUGGAGAAAGGAGGGGCAUCAAAGGACCGAGAGCCCAGGACCUCCCCAGCAACAGCGCCAUAGGUCUACGCUGACCCCGGAGAAAGAGGGCUGGGAGGCAACAGGAGAGGAAAUAACUGAGACCUGGACCCCCGCUCCCCCCUUGCCACCCGAGCAGAGGCAGCAGCAGCAGUUCCCACAGCAGCCAAGCCCCAACCACCCUCCGGGCCCACAAUCUUACCAACAACAACAGCAACAGCAGCGCCAGAGGCCCCUCGCGAUGGAGGACAAGCGAAAGCGCGACGCCUUGUACCUCGAGGAGCAGCAGGGUGAGAGGGGCCCCUCGAACAAGCCCAAGAGAGAGAAGAUGGUGAAGCUGCACAUCCCUCCCGCCGGAGACGCCUCGAACGACCUCAGCGACGGCAGGAGCCCGACCACCCCCUCCUCCCUCUUCCCGCGGAGGAGGCGAGAGAGGGACGAGGCCGACGAGGCGGAGGAGGACGAGAACAAGCCUCCGGAGAAGCUCAGCAUCAGCUCCUUGAGGAACAGGUGGGAGUCGAAGAUCCAGGACGAGAACGAACAGAAGGAGAAGAGGAGGAGCCUCAUCCUGAAGCAGCAGGGCAAGCUGGAGAAGGAGAAGAACGAGAAGGAGAAGGAGAAGGAAAGGCAGGAAGCAGAGAGGGAGAAGCAGCAGAAGGAGAGAGAGAAGCAGCAGAAGGAGAGAGAGAAGCAAGAACAGGAGAGGAAGAAGCAGCUGGAGAGAGAGAGGCAACAGAAGGAGAAAGAGAGGCAGCAAGAGAGAGAGAGGCAAGAAAGAGAAAGGGAGAGGCAAGAGAAAGAAAGAGAGAAACAGCGAGAGAGAGCAAGGCAGGAGAGAGAGCGAGAAAGGCAAGAAAAUGAGAGAGAGAGGCAGCGAAAGGAGAGGGAAAAGCAACAGCAGGAGAGGGAGAGGCAAGAGAGAGAGAGACGCGAAAUGGAGAAAGAGAAGCAGAACAGAGAAAGAGAGAGGCUGAAGAAAGAGCGGGAGCAGCAAGAGAAAGAGAGGCGGGAGAGAGAGGCGCUCAAGGCCAAGCGGGAGAAGGAAGCUGCGAGCGAAGAGAAGGAGAGGCAGAGGGACGGCGAAGAGAUGCCCAGGAGGAGGAGCAGCUUCCUGGACGAGGUGCAGCUGCGGAAGGUGAAGAAGAAGGAGGAUCCGAUCCAGCCCAAGAAGGAGGUCAGCAUCCUCGACCAGGUGCAGCUGAGGGAGGUAAAAAAGGAAGAGAAACCCGCCAAGAAGGAAGAGAACUUUCUGGAUAACGUGCAGCUGAGAGAGGUAAGGAAGGAGGAGCCGCCGAAAAGACAAGAGCCGGCCGGAGACAGGUACAGCCUCGAUGAAAUAGAGAGAAAGCUAAAGGAACUCGAAAGAAAGCAGAGUGACCAAGCCCAGAACAAGCAACAGUCAGACGCCCGUGUAUGUAUUUAUUCUGACCUCGCGAGCACUUGCUUCCCCUCAACAAAAACGUUUUGGCCAAAAAAAACGUUUUUUUGUAGUCCAAAGGCUCUUUUAUACUGUGCUCGUGGACACGCCAGGCUAUUUUAUUUACUGAUUUUUUUUUCUUUUGUGUGUAGUUAUUGCAAACAAAACUAACGCCAUGUUCUGUAUCAUUAUUAUUAUAUUUCCAUUUCAGUUUAUUAAUGUUUUGUAGAAUUAUUGCAAUGAUUCACAUUAAGGCUUUUAUAUUUUUCAAAACAAUGUCAUCAUGGUUUUCUACUACUAUUAUGGUAACGAUUUCAUAACUAUUUCAGUUCUUUAUCUUUUCGUUAUUAUUUCCUGUUCUUCCUUCUCCUUCAUUACCUCCUCACACAAUAACUGUUAUGGAGAACAAAAGAACGGAUAUUCCCCCCAAAAUUGUAGUAAAUAUUUAGCUAAUAUGUACCUUUUAUAAAAGCAAAUCAGCUAAUUCUUAGAGAUUGCUUGCAGCUGACACUAAGUAUUAGAUGAAAAAAUAACAAAGAUAAAAAAAAGUGAAUAAUAAUAGCAGUGAAACAAAAUACAGUCACAAUGCCUUUUAACCAACGCUGAAUCAAAUGAAUAAUAUACCGGACUCUGAGAAUAUGCAGUUGCAUCUGUUAUCGAUCAGAAAAGAAACGAAGGAAAAAAAAACAACUUUUCUGAUCAGUUUAAGCAAUCGGCU